AUGGAGCAGUUCGCCUUCAAGGACCUCACGCUCACGCUCUUCGAGCGCUGCUGCGAGCAGGUGGAUUUCCACGCCGGCCUCGCGAUGCAGGCGUACCUGCGCUCGGGUGUGGACGACGCGAAGCGGAUCGCCGACUGGGCGAAGCGCACGGGGCGACAGGUGACGGUCCGCCUCGUCAAGGGCGCGUACUGGGACUACGAGACGAUCCACGCCGAGGAGAUGGGCUGGCCCUGCCCCGUCUGGUCCGCCAAGCACGAGACGGACGCCUGCUUCGAGCGCAUGGCGGAGGUCUUCCUCGAUUCAACCCCGCGCGAGGCCAACGAAGGGGGUGUGAAGCUCGCCCUCGGCUCGCACAACGUCCGCUCCAUCGCCGCGGCCCUCGAGGGCAUGGAACGCCGCAACCUCCCGAAGGAGGCCAUCGAGCUCCAGAUGCUCCACGGCAUGGCCGACCAGCUCAAGGGCGCGGCGGUCGAUUCGGGCCUGCGCAUCCGCGAGUACGUCCCCGUCGGCGAGAUGAUCCCUGGCAUGGCGUACCUCGUGCGCCGUUUGCUGGAGAACACCUCCAACGAAUCCUGGCUCCGCGCCGGCUUCCUCGAGGACGCGGACACCGACCGCCUCCUCGCCUCGCCCCAUCACGACAACGGCAAGGGAUCGGGCGACCUGAGCAACGUCGCCCCCGAGCGCCACAAGCUCUCGCCCGCCGUGGAGGGCGUCGGCGACGGCCGCGCCUUCUUCACCGAGCCCCUGCGCGACUUCUCCCGCGCCGACCAGCGCGACGCGUUCACCGCCGGCAUCGAGCAGGCGACCGUCCCGCAGGUCGCCAACGACGGCACGGUGGAGGACAUCGACAAGGCGAUUUCCGCGGCGGACGCGUACUUCCCGACGUGGCGCGACCGCGACCCCGUCGAGCGCGCGAACAUGCUCGUCCGCGCCGCCGACAUCAUGCGCGCCCGGCGCGACGAGCUCUCGGGCGUGAUCAUCAAGGAGAACGGCAAGUGCUGGGUCGACGCCGACGCGGACGUCUGCGAAGCGAUCGACUUCAUGGAGUACUACGCGAGGUGCGCCGUCCCGCUCUUCACCCGCGAGCGCAUGGGCCUGUUCAUCGGCGAGCUCGACGAGCAGUGGUACACGCCGCGCGGCGUCACCGGCGUGAUCUCCCCCUGGAACUUCCCUCUCGCCAUCUGCACGGGCAUGACGACGGCCGCGCUCGUCACGGGCAACACCGUCGUGGUCAAACCCGCCGAGCAGACGCCGGGCAUCGCGAAGAUCAUGGCGGAGAUCCUCUGGGACGCCGGCGUGCCGAAAGAAGCGCUGCACUUCGUGCCGGGGAAAGGCGAGACGUGCGGCGCCGCCCUCGUCCGCGACCCGCGCGUCGCCGUGCUCGCCUUCACCGGCUCCAAGGCCGUCGGCCUCGACAUCAUCAAGGCCGCGGGCGAGACGCCGGAGCACCAGGCGUUCGUCAAGAAGGUCGUCUGCGAGAUGGGCGGCAAGAACGCGGUCAUCAUCGACACCAGCGCCGACCUCGACGAGGCCGUCCUGGGCGUCCGCGCCAGCGCCUUCGGGUUCCAGGGGCAGAAGUGCUCCGCCGCGUCCCGCGUCGUCUGCGUGGACGACGGCGGCGGCGUGUACGAGGAGUUCGCGAAGCGCCUCGUCGAGUCCACGCGCGCCCUCGUCGUCGGCGACCCCAAGCUCCCGGGCACGGACAUCGGCCCCGUUAUCGACGAAGAGGCCGCGAGCAAGUGCCGCCACUUCAUCCAACGCGGCAAAGACCAGUGCACCUGCGCCCUCGAAAUGAAGGUCCCGGACGGCCUCGAGGCGCAGAUCGGCAAGCCCUACGUCGCCCCCGCGAUCUUCACCGACGUGAAGCCCGAGCACGACGUCGCCCGCGAGGAGAUCUUCGGCCCCGUUCUCGCCGUCCUGCGCGCCAAGGACUUCGACGACGCCCUCCGCAUCGCCAACGACUCGCCCUACAAGCUCACCGGCGGCGUCUUCUCGCGCAAGCCCGCCCACCUGGAGCGCGCCAAACGCGAGUUCCGCGUCGGCAACCUCUACCUCAACCGGGGCAUCACCGGCGCCCUCGUCGCCCGCCAGCCCUUCGGCGGCUUCGGCAUGUCCGGCGUCGGCUCCAAAGCGGGCGGGCGGGACUACCUCCUCCAGUUCGUGGAGCCGCGGGCGAGCUGUGAGAACACGAUGCGGCGGGGGUUUGCGCCGGAGUUGUGA